UAUUUUUCAUAGAUCUAGAGUAAUCUAGACUAGAUCUAAAAUUUCGAUACAAAUUAUGUUGCUUUCAUUAUUUUUUUUAAAGUUUAGAUGAAUUCUUUGAUGACAGAAAGUUCUAAUGAAAUGUAGAUCUAAAUUUAGACCGUUUAGCCUAGUUUAGUUUAGACUAUUCAUCAAUCAAUCAUGAGGCUAACACUAGUAGUCAGUGGCUACUUUAAAAAAUAUGUUGAGCGUGAAAUAGCUCAGGCAUCUGGAGUAUCUUUUUAUAAGCCUAUUCAGGGCUGGAGGCAUUUAAGAAAGAGAAAAUGGAUUUAUGAUGAAAAUCGCCCAUGGACAGAUGCUGCAAAAGAGGCCAACUUACCAGGAAAACAAUUAACAGAACUUAUUGAACCUAUCCCUGAGUCAGAGUGGAAAAUAUUUAAAGGUGAUAGGGUCCAAAUUCUUAAGGGCAUUGACAAAGGUAAACAAGGAAUUGUGUGUUCAACCAUCAAAGAAAGAAACUGGUGUUAUGUGGAGGGCCUGAAUUGUAUUUAUCAAUGGAUGAAUAAAAACAGCAUCAAUCCUGGAAUGUUAACAAAAAUAGAGAAGCCUCUAUUAGUUACAACGGAAGUAUCAUUGGUAGAUCCUAGUGACUUGCAGCCAACACAAACAGAGUGGAGGUAUGAUGAAGAUGGAAACAGAGUCCGAGUUUCUUUACGGACAGGCAGAGUUAUCCCAAUUAGUAAAAAAGCCUUAGAUCUGACAGAAGAUUUUGUGGACAAAAAUGAUUAUAUAGAGCAAACAUGGGAUACUAAAGAGAAAGAACUGAUCAAAGUCACUUUCAAACCAGUGGUCCUGUCAUUUGAAGAAGAUAUCAUGAAAUCAAUGGGAAUUGUGGAAACAAGAAAGAGAGCACCCAACUUUUAUUAUUAAAAUCAAUGAAAAUUAUUUUGUGUGACUGAUAAAUAUUUUAUUGAAUUGAACGAUUUCAUUGUAUUGAAACUACUGGUCAAAAUAAACAAUGUGACAUGG